GAGUUACUAUUCUAACUGGAGUGCUUACUUCGUUUGACAUAAAAACUAAAAAUAUGUUUUAUCUCUAUGGCUUAAAGUUUAUUUUUAAAUAGCAAAAGAUGUAAGGAAAAACGGUCUGAAAAGAGAAUGAUUAUUAAGUGGUGGUGUCCCUCUCGCACAUUUUACAAACAAAAAGCAGUGUUGCUAGCUUAGAGGAUUUUCCAUAAAAUCUCGGAAUUUGGACCCCGUCUUCGUUAUCAAAAAUGGCUUUUAGUGGUUAGUGGAUUUUUUAGUAGCUUGGGUGUUGUUGAAAAUUAUCGAAAAGUUUAAAAUCAAUCCACUUUACAGGAUUUUAAACAUUUUAUGACAAUAAUAUAUCUAAAUACAUAUUAUUUAAACGAAGUGACUUAAACUUAACUAGAAAAUGUUGCGAGAAUUUAGAAUUUCCAUCAACGUCAAAAAUUAAAUUGGUUCAAAAUAAACGUACAAAGUUAUGGUGAAAUUAGUUUCUGAUGAUGACAAUUUAUUAAAAUAAAAAAAAAGUGUGUGUGUCCGCUCCGACGCACGACUGGAGUUUACUGGAUAUAAAAAAUUAAACGAAACAAUACGAGAAAUAGUUCUAUAUUACGACAACACGAUACACUACAGAUUAUUAACAAAUUAACGAGACACAAAACAAACGACUAACAAAUAUAUGAAAAUACAAUAAUGAGAGAAACGCGCGAUCAGUACGAGGCUUUGUGGCGGACUGCCGGCGCAGCAGCCCGGCGUCACCUGCGAUAACGCAUUUCGUGUGACAUGCGCAAUCAGGCGCAUAACGCAUUUCGUGUGACAUGCUAGUACGAUUUUGGUCCCCAUAAUUUUCAUACCCCGGGCCUAUAUAUGUAAAUCGAUUCUAAAGGAGUAAACUCCAAUUAUAUAAGAAGUAUUGAUUAUAUGAUAUAUAUUGAUUUUUAAUAGAACAUCAUAUAUUAAUAAAGCUUAUUAACAAAAAAAUUAUUGUUCUAUGUUAAUAAGAACUCUGUUUAAUGGAAAAUUUAAUGGUAGGUACGUAGAUUUCUGAUGGUUUUCAUGUUGAAUUUGGUGGGAAGCCAGAUUAAUUGUUGGCAUCACCGAAAAAGAGCUAUGAAUGGAUUAAAAGAAAAAUGGCGUCUAUUUACGUUUGUAGUGCGAAGUUAAAAUGGCACUGAUACAGCUUGUGGCUUGUUUUUUUUUCGAAAAUCGUGAAAGUUUCCGUGUAAUCAUGGUGAACACUUUUAAUGUAAGUGGUUUUAAGCGAGAAUCGUCUCCAGUUUGUGGAAUAUCCUUCCAUAUGUCAGAUUCAUUGAUAAAUUUUUACUAGUGUGAGCAUAUAUUUUUAAAAUGUGAGAUAUUUUUUCUCAUUAUAAUAUUUAAUACCAUUUGUCUUGUAAAUUGUACUUAAUCUAUGUCAUAUACUAAAUUUGAAAAAACAAUCGUGAAAACUAUAAUUUUGCAAUGUAUUUUUCAUAUUAUAAGAGCCAUCACGUGGUAUUUUUUGAACUUUUUUUAUUGUAUUGAAUAGCGUCGCACGGAAGCAUGUAUAUCAUUUGCCUGACGUUAAGCGAACGAGUAGGAUCUUCUAGUAAAUAUGACGUUGGAAUUUCUGGAAAAUGUCCUAUAUAAAGGUCAAACAAGAAGAAUCAAGUACUCAAACGCAAGAAAUAAAAAAUACCCCGAGAAAAGCAAAAUUACGACAAGAUGUUAAGGUAUUGAAACAAAAACUUAAAAGUCGCGAAAUAGUGAUUGUAAAUAUAAAGUCGAUUUUAGAUUUAUUAAAGAAAAAUGGCGAUUUUUAAUUGAAUUGAAAUUUAAAUUGCGAAAUUUUAAUGAUACUCAUGGUCCACUUAGAUAUUGAUUAAAAUAAAUUAUGUAUUUCGUUGAAAAAAAAGAAUUUACUUAAAAUAGAGGAAAUGUUAUAUUAUAAGACUACAGAAAAUUAACUGAACUUAAUAAUAAUAAUAUGUAUAACCAAUAUUUUGUAAAUAGAGAUCAAGUACUAUGUGUAUCGUGUUAUGUGUAUUGACUUGUCAUUUAAGAGUUAUUUAAUUGUCUACAUAUAACAAAUAAAUGAAUUUCAGUUCAUUUCAUUUUAUUACCCAUUGUGUUUUAUUUCCUAAAAUGUAACUAGUAGACUUAAUAUACACGUGUCAUUAAAAUAGCACAGAAGUAAAAAUACAAACAAUUUUAAAUCAAUUGAAGAUGUGAAUGUAGGAAAAGAGCACCCGAUACGCGCAGACCAUGUGUGUUGCAGUGUCUCACUCAGUGUGUCAAAUAUUAAUUUGCACGGCCCACUUAGCCAGUACAUUAAAGUAGGAAUUGCGUAAUUAAGUUCAACAUAAUAUAUUAUUUAAGUCGCGGUUGAGUAUUCGGACGUUAAACACGAGUUUGAGGAAGUUUAAGUAAUAGAACUGAGGUAAUGAUGUUUGUAAUAAAACUCAGUGCUAGAUUUUCGACAACGCAGCAAUUUCCAAAAAAAACCGUCGAAAAAAAGUCACCAUGACGACGAAGCAAUGUUUAGAAUUGAAUUUACAUAAAUAAAAGGUUGCAAGCACGUGUUUUGUAUUUACAUAGGGUUACACAGAAUUACUUAAGGUAAAUUCAAAACUUAUGCAUGUGUAUAAUUUUGUCCUAUAAUUAAAUUAUAUAUGGUCACCACAUUAGACAAGGACACCGCGACCAAAAAGUAUUCUCUUUCGAGACCGAUUUCUCGGCAUUAGACAGCACUCCAGUUGUAGGUACUUAUUAACUCCAUGGGAUAAAUUGUACAAAAAAAAAGGUCUAUAUAUUAAUCAAAUAUAAUAAGUGUAUAAUCUAUGGUCUAUACUCUAUCUAUGGUUUUAACCAACAAAUUUAAAAAUAAUUCAACCUUAACUUCUUAACUAAUAAAAUAAAAUAUUUUAGAAAUUAAACAAUUAUGGACAUACCUAAAAAUUCUCCUUAAACUAGUAACUAACACAGGAAGAAGUUAUUUAAAAAAAUGUAAAACCUGAAACUUUACUGCAGAGCAAAAAAAAAAGAGAAAGUAAUAGAAAACAGGAUAAAAUAGAAAUAUAUUAAAAAAUCAGUCAAAAUGAGUCUAAUAAAAUGUACGCAAAUGAAUUCUAGAAUAUUACUAAAUAUGUGUAAAUACGAUUCUCCUAGAUUUUUAACUAGAGAAUAUUCUUACAAAACAAUUAAAAGACCAGAUCCAAGAACUCUGAAGAUGCCGACGCCGGAAUCUGCUCCGAAUUUAAUAGAAAUAAUAAAAGAAAAAAUAAGAUUAAAUGGACCUAUAACUGUUGCUGAAUAUAUGCAUAUAGUAACUACUAAUCCUACCGAAGGGUAUUAUAUGAAAAAGGAAGUAAUUGGGGAAGCUGGUGAUUUCAUAACUUCACCGGAAAUCAGUCAGCUAUUUGGUGAAAUUUUAGGUAUUUGGUUUUAUGCUGAAACACAGAAAAUGUGUGAAGCGAAACCACUACAGAUAGUUGAACUUGGUCCAGGAAAAGCAACAUUACUAAUUGAUAUGUUGAGGGUUCUCAAUAAAAUUGGCUAUACAUCACACGAUUUAAGUAUACACCUAGUAGAAAUAUCAUCCACAAUGCAAUCUAUUCAAGCUAACAGACUCUGUGUAUCACAUAGACCUGUAGAAAUUGACAUGCCACAUAAUCAUGAGGGUGAAACACUCAGUGGUAUCAAAGUAUAUUGGUAUAAUGAUUUAAAGAAAGUACCACAAAACUUCUCAUGGUAUGUUGCACAUGAAUUUUUUGAUGUCCUCCCCAUACACAAGUUUGAAAAAACAGAAAAAGGUUGGAGAGAGCUUCUCAUUGACAUUGAUGACACUGGAAAGCUGCUAUACAGGUUGUCAGGUAAUGAGACUCAGGCCGUGAAGAUGCUUAUUCGGCCACCCUUGGACUCUGGUGACAGAACAGAGUUAGAAAUCAGUGCAAGAAGCUUGGGUGUAGCACGACAACUGGCUAAAAGGGUUGAUGAGCAUGGUGGUUUAGCGCUCAUUGCUGAUUAUGGACAUGAGGGUGAAAAGGGGGAUACCUUUAGGGCUUUUCAAAAGCACCAAGUUGUAGAUCCUCUUGAAACCCCAGGCAAGAGUGACUUGACUGCAGACGUUGACUUCUCACAACUUCGUAUAGCCGCUUCAAAGACUCCUGGUGAAGAGAACUAUGCACUAGUUGUUGGACCAGUAAAGCAAAAAGAUUUUUUAGAACAAUGCCAAGGGGAAUUAAGGCUGCAGGUUCUUAUUGACGCAGCAAAAAAAGAUGAAGACAAAGAAAAGAUAAAAAGCGCUUACGAAAUGCUAGUCGAUCCAAACAAAAUGGGAGAAAGAUUUAAAUUUAUGGCAUUCUAUCCUUCGACUAUGGCGUCAAUUCUUACAAAGUACCCACCCCUAGGUUUUUCAAAUCUAAAACCAUAGCCAUUUAAAAUAAAAUUAAUGAAAUAACAAAUAAAA